AUGGGUGCAGAAGAAGAUAAACAAAAGAGCAUACCAGUUCUGCCAUGGAUGCGAAGCCCAAUUGAUGUCAGUUCGUUUGACGAAUGCCCUCUUACUCUCCUUCCUUGCCUUGACCCCAGGCUGAAGGUGGCUUUGGAGAACAUGGAAAUCUCUUCACUUUUCCCAGUUCAGCUUGCAGUUUGGCAAGAGACUAUUGGCCCUGGAUCUUUUGAGCGUGAUUUAUGUAUUAAUUCUCCAACUGGAAGUGGGAAGACUUUAGCUUAUGCUUUGCCCAUUGUACAAAUGUUGUCAACUCGCUCUGUUAAAUGUCUACGCGCUCUUGUGGUGUUGCCUACUCGUGAUUUAGCCCUGCAGGUUAAAGAGGUUUUUUCUGCAAUUGCACCUGCUGUAGGAUUAUCUGUUGGUCUUGCAGUUGGUCAAUCUUCUAUAGCUGAUGAAAUUUCUGAACUUAUCAAUAGACCUAAGCUUCAGUUGGGUGUCUCUUUUGACCCAGAAGAUUUUUUGCCUGAGUUACAAAGCUCGGUGGAUAUAUUGGUGGCUACCCCUGGAAGGCUAAUGGACCAUAUCAAUAACACUAAAGGAUUUACGCUUGAGCAUCUCUGUUAUCUUGUUGUUGAUGAAACAGAUCGAUUGCUCAGGGAGGCAUACCAGUCUUGGCUACCCACUGUGCUUCAAAUCACUCGCGCUAAUGAUGAAAGUUUCCUUCCUUGUGCGCAUACUUUUCUACCGUCCCCAUUUUCCUUGAAAACCAUAAGGAGAUCUGGUCUUGAGAGGGGGUUUAAGGGUAAACCUUACCCCCGGCUUGUGAAAAUGGUUCUUUCUGCCACGCUAACCCAGGAUCCAAGCAAGCUUGCUCAGCUUGAUCUGCAUCAUCCUUUAUUCUUGACGACUGGUCAAAAGCGUUAUCAGCUUCCAGAAAAACUACAAUCCUAUAAACUGUUUUGCGAAUCAAAAUACAAACCACUGUAUUUGGUUGCGCUCUUGCAAAGCUUAGGAGAAGAGAAGUGCAUCGUUUUCACAUCAUCUGUGGAGUCGACUCAUCGUCUAUGCACCUUAUUGAACUCUUUUGAUAAUUUGCCUUUCAAGAUCAAGGAGUAUUCAGGCCUUCAACGGCAAUCUGUACGAAGCAAGACACUGAAGGCAUUCCGGAAAGGAGAUAUUCAAGUACUUGUUUCAUCUGAUGCAAUGACUCGUGGAAUGGAUGUUGAAGGAGUGAGGAAUGUUGUUAAUUAUGAUAUGCCUGCAUACAUAAAGACAUAUAUACAUCGAGCAGGUCGGACAGCAAGAGCAGGCCAAACUGGUUGUUGCUUCACAUUGUUGCGUGAAGACGAGGUUAAGCGAUUUAACAAGCUGUUACGCAAAGCUGAGAAUAACUCUUGCUCUAAAUACUCUGUUCCUUCCAGUUACAUUGAACCGCUGCACUCUGUCUAUGAAUCUGCACUGGAGAAAUUGAAGGAGACAGUUGAAAUGGAAACCUCCAGGAAGAGAAAAACUGGCUUCAAGUCUUCUUUGAGCGGCGAAAGGAAAUGA